CCCGAGCGAAGCUCGGGGAUGUACCCCGCUUGCUCCAAAAAGCCGCUGAGCCCCCUACACAUUUGCCGACGACACGAAUAUCUAUUCUAUCAUAACCUUUAUCACCUUGGGAGUGUGUUCUGGGUGUUCGGUAUUACAUGAGCUUCAUGCAGCUCUAUUUAUUUUUAAAUAAAAAUGUUAAAAACUCACCUAAUCCUGCCUUUUUAUCAGUAAAGUCCUUCACACAGCGAACAAAGUUGUGUGCAGUCCUAUGGGGCUCGAUCUCAUGUAAUCGCUGUAUAUGAACCGGAAGGUAAUCGCAACUCUGUGAAGGUCAAGUCACGUGACGAGAUCGCCCGAGUAGCACGCGCGGAAGCAACUGCUGUAGCAGACGACGCGACGUCUAUACUGUGUGCAAUGUAAAUUUAUAGCGUAAUCGCCCAGAUUCAUUCAUGAUUCAGGCAGAAAUUAUUCAGCGUACGUAGAAACUGCCAUGGAAACGAGAAUGCUCAAAGAAGUUGUGGAUGAUGUGCUCGGAAGUACUUUUGUACUGAAACAAAAACAGGAGUCCAUGCUCAUAAGCGCUGCCAAAGGAAAUCACACCAUGGGGAUCCUUCCCACUGGAUACGGAAAAAGUUUGAUUUAUGCCCUCCACGCACCACUUUUGAACAAACUGAAUCCACAGAAAACACACAUAACCCUCGUAGUAAGUCCGCUUAAAAGUCUAAUGCUGGACCAGGUGCGCAGAUGGAAGAAUCUUGGCAUCAGAACUGCGGCCAUUCUUGGCCAUUCAGGUCAUGACAUGGACAGGGAGACUGAAAACGACCUGAUGAAUGGAGGGACAGACCUCGUUUUUACUUCCCCGGAGGCCAUCCUGUCCCCUAAGUGGUGGCAAUGGGUGCGGAAGUUUCAAAACAGGAUUUCGUUGCUGGUGCUAGAUGAGGUUCACUGCUUUACAAAAUGGGGUCUUACAUUCAGGGAGGAGUACCUCCGGACCACAUCUUUGACAUCCAGGCUGGCAUGCCCUAUAAUGCUUCUUACAGCCACGGCAACAAACAGAAUGGUCACAGAAAUACUUCAAAACCUGAAUCUCCGCAGGGAAGAAGUAGAAAUAUUCGCCGCUAUUCCCAACAGACCAAACAUUCAUCUAUCAGUGGUUCCGGUGAAGGACAAGUUUGAAGCCAUUGGAUGGUACUUGGAUGAAUUAAAGGAGAAGGGUGUCGAUGCUGCAAAAACCAUCAUUUAUGCACGACAAAUCGACCACGUUGCUGAACUCUACACAUGGCUCAACGAAAGCCUCGCCGAGUCCGCCCAUGCUCCAGGACCAGGGCAGUCUUGCAGUGUGGAAAGUAGACUGAUCGAAAUGUACCACGCAUCAACGGACUCAAAGAGUCAGGAACGAAUAUGUCGUAACUUUUCCACCGAAGGUUCUAAGCUGCGCUGCGUUGUAGCAACAAUAGCAUUCGGUUUGGGUGUCGACAUCGCCGACAUUGAUCAGGUUAUCCACUGGGGAUGCCCUAGUGAUGUCCUCUGCUAUUGGCAAGAAACAGGCCGAUGCGCGAGGGAUGGAAGACCCGGAAAAGCCAUUAUGUAUCUGCCACCCUUUUCAGUCAACAAGAGAUGGGUUGAUGAAGACAUGAGGGACCUUGUCCAAUCAUCCCGCUGCAUCCGGAAAUCGGUGUUGAACACGCUCUUCGUGCAUGGCAUGGAAAAGGACAAUGUACAGGUGAUGUCAUGCUGCUCAGUUUGCGACAGUGCUAAGUAAUACGGGACCCAUAGCAUGUAUCCAUUUCUAUGAGUCAGUGCACAAUUUAACACUGCGACGCUGUGCAUCCAUUCUCGUAGAAAGUGCUUUCAGCUUUUUACCAAGGUUCUUUGGAUUUCGCAACACCUCUUUAUGGUCGAACCCUUCAAAGCCUUUGUGUUGUCUGAAGGGCAAGUAUUCAAACAGUCCAAAUCCAUCGUUCUCAUCCACAAACAAUGCAACAUCUUGUUUGUAUACAUCCUCUGCUUUCUUCCUAGUUGGCGUCUUCAUGGAGACGAUCCCGGCAUCACUGAACAUGAUAUCCAGGUACCUACCAAAUGGUCCUGACAUCUUGGCACAUCUCUGCGCGUGUUUCUCAGUCACAUUUCCAUGAGCGAAGUCGAUCAUACCUGCAAAAAUUGAUACAGAAAAAAAAACAGUUAAAAUAUAAUUGUUGAGAAGAUCAAAUCAACCUUGAUUUAUAAUUGCAUAUCACGUCACCUACGCACAACGCAAAAUGCGUCAAACAUUGCAACUGACAUACCCUUGUAGUCCAUGUUAAUGUGCUCAGUACCAAGGUCCAUCCCUAUGUUUCCUCCGGGCUUGCCAGUGACAUUGAUGACUCUGUUCCAGAUCAAAUUGUUCCUGAUGUCAGAAGGAGCAAAUCCACCGAUACCUGAUGCCAUGAAAAAACAAUUUGCGAAAUCUAAAACCAACAUUUCACCAACAUGACCAAGGAAAUACUUUCUACUUUUCAAACCCCUCGUUCGAGGAUCAUUUCAUGAUGUUCAAAGGAUCGCAUGGGCACCAUCCCUUUAACGUUAACUAGCUAGGUCACUAUUAGUUUGAAUGCACAUGCCAUCAUUAUGACCGUUCAUCAGUAUACACUUUAUUAAUUGUGUGUUUGCCAGCGUCCUUCUUUCGGCAAAUGGCACAAAUCUCCUAUCUCUUAAACAAUGCUUAAUCUGUUUAUCCCCAAACUCACAAUAUGCACAUCCUGGAGGAUUCGUUGUCUAGUACACCUAAUCACAAAUGAAACGGACGUAUUCUAUGUGCAUUUCAAGUGGAAGUGGGUCUAAAAGAUGAUGUGAUGAUGUGGCACACAGAAUAUAUUUUUGGCACAUAAUAAUAAGUUUAUCGUGAGUGUCAUGAA